GAUAAAGCAUGAGAAUAUCGUGGCUCUGGAGGACAUCUACGAGAGCUCAAACCACCUGUACCUCAUAAUGCAGCUGGUGUCUGGAGGUGAGCUGUUUGACCGAAUCGUAGAGAAAGGCUUCUACACAGAGAUGGAUGCCAGUCGGCUCAUUCGACAGGUUCUGGAUGCAGUCAACUAUCUGCACUCCAUGGGCAUAGUGCACAGAGACCUAAAGCCUGAGAACUUGCUGUACUUCAGUCCCCAUGAUGAAUCAAAGAUCAUGAUCAGUGACUUUGGCUUGUCAAAGAUGGAGGGAACAGGCGACGUGAUGGCCACCGCCUGUGGGACUCCAGGAUACGUGGCUCCUGAGGUUUUAGCUCAGAAGCCCUACAGUAAAGCUGUGGACUGCUGGUCUAUUGGGGUCAUCGCUUAUAUUCUGCUUUGCGGUUACCCUCCUUUCUAUGAUGAGAAUGAUUCGAAGCUCUUUGAGCAGAUUCUGAAGGCAGACUAUGAGUUUGACGCUCCGUAUUGGGAUGACAUAUCGGACUCUGCCAAAGACUUCAUCAGCUGCCUAAUGGAGAAGGACCCAGAGAAGAGAUUCACAUGUGACCAGGCUCUUGAGCACCCUUGGAUUGCUGGAGACACAGCUCUCUGCAAGAACAUACAUGAGUCAGUCAGUCGACAGAUGCGGAAAAACUUUGCCAAAAGCAAAUGGAGGCAAGCCUUUAAUGCGACGGCUGUGAUCCGCCACAUGAGGCGCCUGCAGCUGGGCACCAGCUUUGGCAGCAGCAUUCACGGCAGCAACUCCGUGUCCAACCCGCAGAGCCGUGCUCCAGCCAAGAGCCAGUCUGUGGACUGCGCCCCGCUCUCCCUGAAGGACUGUUCUCCAAUAGCUCCUUUGCCCCCUGCUGUUAAAGCAUACAAUCAGGACUCUGACGCCUCCUCUCCAGUACAAGAGGAACCAACAGUGGUGGCCGAGCCAUCGCGGCCACGACCCUCCACCGUCACGGUCAUCCACACUGGGACUAAAUGACGCCAGGUUCCGCGGGAGGUGAGCUGGGAGACCACAGAGCUUUGAGACGGGAUAAAACCAUCCCAGGCCUCGUGAUUCUACGUUGUCGCCCAGUUUGCCCAUCCCGCAACCUCCCAUCUGUUUCUGCAAAACCACGGGAGGAAUUUGAGGAGCGUUGGCUCAGCUCCAUUUACCAUGGCUCAGCACGGCACCGCGCUGCUUCCCUCCCAACUGUCAUACAGACCCGGAAGUACAGAGGGGAAGAUGAUCACCAGAAGUUGACAUUGUGAAAGCCAUGUUCAGCCUGGAUCAUGGUUGUCUGCCAGACAAACAAGCAGCUGGUCUAGGAAGUGCCACACUAAGGGGAACUCUUUAUUGAAGCUGCUAUCAUUUGUGACUGUGAGCAUCUUGAGACAAGGAUGCUCCGCUGUAUGCCUUGUGUAAAUAUCCUGCCUGGAACUGUUGAGUGAAGUCAUGUUAUGCAAGUGAAAUAUAAGCUUCAAGCUGUGGUAUAUAAUUGUGGCAUCAUCUGCACUCUGAACUUCUUGUCGUUUUGACAGCUCUUGUUCAUUUGCUGUGGUAUUUGCUACAAUGGCUCGCAGGGUAGUAAUUCCCAACAGUGUGACAGUGUAUGUUAUCUUUUUUGCUUUAAAGUGUCUGGACAUGAAAUAUGAGCAGGACGGUGCACUUCAAUCACGGCUGUGAUCGCUGAGAGGGCUGACUUUUGUAAGAACCACUUGCAGAAAUGUGUAAAUGUGUUAUUAGACUGGGACUGAAACAUUAUUGAAUUGAAUUAUAAAGAUGCAGUAUCUAAUAGUUGUUACUUUGUAAUUGCUGUUUUAUUUGAUUAAUGAAUUUUUGAUGUGACUGUGAAGUCCUCCUUGACCACAGGAGGGCAACCACGUGUUGUGUGACCAGUUCUCAGGGAUGUGCUCCAACAUGAAGCUAACCAAACCCCUCUCAGAGUGAUCAGACACUGCUGAGGGUGAAAUAGUUGUAAAGUAAAACUUCAAAAUACUGCAUAUGUGCCAUUAGGAGACUUUGGCAGAUGUUUUCCUUCUUUAAAUCCAUUUUUAUUGACUGUAUGAGUGUAAUGUAACUCAUACCGAAUGGAUUGUUUCCCCUUUAAAAAUGCAUUAUAUUUGGAUUCAAAGAAAGUGUUUAUUAGUAAAGUGUGCGUUCAUGUCCGCAGUAGUAAAAAUGUAAAAUGACACAUGAAUGCAAAUGUAUCUCAAUUGCUCCCACUGCAGAAUCGUCAAAUCAGUAGCGUACAGUUCAGUAGUUGUAAUAUCGUGCUCUGCUUCCGCUCAUGAAGUGGCUGGUCUGAAAACAGCUCACUCACUCUAUGUUUAAUCACUGUGCUUUCAUACCAGCCUGUUGAAUUUAGCAGAAGAAGAAGACUCUUUCUCCUUUCUCUCCCGCUCGCUCUCUAGAGACCUUCACACAGAGAAAAGAAGGGAUCUGUCUUUGUAUUUUCUCUGUGGUACCUCUCUGUUUAAUUUUCAAUCACUCAACCUAAAUGGGGCAAAAAAAUAACACUCCACCAGAACAUGCCUGAUAUCGAGGCCAUCUUGAAUUAUCUAAACAUGUUGUGGUGAAUAUUGACUUUGAGCCUCUACUUACUGUAAAUACACAUCUCAAUAACAGUUAGCUUGGGUCUUGAGUGUUUAUUUUGGCCUUCCCUAUAUUAUUUCCCCAAAAUACAUCAGAAAGCAAAGAAAAUGAAGCAUUAAAAGCUCCACAGUAUGCAUGUAUUACAUAUUAUUACAGAAAUGUGCUUUUGGAGUUGUAGAGAUUCAUGUAUUAAAAAAAGAGGCUUGUUUGCA